CGCAGCAUUGACGCUCCUGAACACAACUUCCGGGUAGCUUUAGCUUUAGCUCUCGCAUAACAGUCGUUUGCUAAACCCACAAUAUUUUUUCUACAAUUUGUGCACUUGCAUUGCUCUUAUUUGGUGUCGGUUAUGAAAUAAGCAUUGCUGCUUAUAAUAAAUAACCCGGCACUCGUUUGAACCGACUUCUUCAGGGCUAAAAAUACACCCAUAGCUGCUUGUGUUGCUAAAAGCUAAUGAUAGCAAACACUGACAGCUGCCAGUUUCCAGAACAGCCUGGGUGUUAAAGUAAUUACAGCAGAAAAAUGGCUGAGGCUGUGGCGAAGGUCGCUCAGAGGAUUAACGACACAGUAGAGGAAGGCAAAGAUAGUYUAGAUUUGUCCAACUGCCAGCUCGUUUCUUUCCCCGAUGGCGCGUUCAAGCUCCUGAGGACCGUCACAGGAAACAUCCGUGUCGUCACGUUGGCUGAUAAUAAAAUGAAGGCCAUUUCUAGCAAGUUUUUUACAACUUUUUCUAAUCUCAAAGAACUUGACCUGCAGGGUAAUGUUCUCACCAARCUGCCUGACACCGUGGGGGAAAUGGAGCAUUUGACCUUCAUCAAUUUGGCUCAUAACAACUUCUCAAUCUUUCCCGACAAGCUGACCGAAAUAGUCUCUCUGGAGAAGAUUGACCUCGAGGGAAACAGCAUCCCUGAAAUACCUCUGGAGAAGCUGUCCGUCAUGCCAUCUCUGAAGCUACUGAACGUGAAAUCAAAUCCUUUGGACGACAGCACUCAGUCUGCUCUGCAGUCGCCCCACAAGUUUGAGAUUUUACUAGCAAACGAGUCGUAAAAUAUGUCAAAAAAAUUUUGACAGUUGAUACAGAUGGCACGUUUUGUGCCUUUAACUACUUUGAAGGAACUGAAAUUAAAAGCACUUGAAGAAAACCGCUGCCUUUUUAGAUGCAACUUAAGGUUAACUUGACGUUUUAUUUUUAAUUUAUUACUUUUUAUAGUAAAGAAAUAAAGCAACAUUUUGAAAGCGA